CUGAAGUCAUAUCUUUCCGGCGGCGGCGACUGAAUUACGGUAUUGAUGAAGAUGGCCAACUUAUUGAUAAAGAUCCCCAACUUAUUCAUAAAAUUGGCCAACUUAUUGAUGAUGACGAAGACGAAGACGAAGAUCACCAAAUUUUUGGAAAAAGGUAACAAGGAAGUCUUAUUGACAAAUCUACCCCAAGACAUAAUGAGAGAGAUCCUCGAAAAACUCCCGAUCAGAACCAUCAUUAGGUGCAAGUGCGUCUGCAAAUCAUGGCGCGACAAAAUAGAAGGCACUGACUUCGCCACCUUCGAAAAAAUCCACAAACUUCUCCACGCGAUCGUUUUCGAAAACAACGACAAGCUAUUCAAAACCAAGCACGGCCAGCUGUUCAUCUACUGCAAAAACACCGAACCCCUCGCGACAUAUUCCUUUCUUCGACAAUUCCCCAGCUUCCGUUUCCACCCCAACGUCGUUAUCUACACGCCGAGCUCGCUUCCGGUGGAGAAGGGGAUUCAUGACGCGGGAAUAUUGACGAAUAAAUUCGAGGAGAGCUUGAAAAUCGCAAAGGCGGUGAAGGAGAAGACGGAGCAAUUGUACGAGAAGGAGAAGGUGGUGGAAAACAAGGCUUUGAAGAAGAAGAUUGAGCAAUUGGAGGGAAGAAUCAGAGCCCUGAAGAGUGUGCGUUUGUGGGAAAGAAGGUGUCUGGUGGUCGAGGUCGGGUGUUUGUCGAUUCUUUUAACGGGGCUCGUGUGCUACGAGCUUUCUGUUGAAAAAAAGCAUUGAUGCAAACACUUGCGGAUGCUCUGGAAGAAAUUAGGGUUAUGACUUAUGAGGAUGAGUUUCAGUUUUGGUAGAUACUUUCAUAUCUUUCCAUUCAUAUGUAU